CGGUUCCCGGUUGUAAAGUCCCCACGGACUCGGAGUCUCCCCAGACCGCGAGGAUGGCGGUCCCGGCGCCCCGAGCCCCGCUCCUGCUGCUGUGGGGGGCCCUGGCCCUGACGGAGACCCGGGCGGGCUCCCACUCCCUGAGGUAUUUCGCCUCCGCCGUGUCCCGGCCCGGCCGCGGGGAGCCCCGGUACAUCUCCGUCGGCUACGUGGACGACACGCAGUUCGUGCGGUUCGACAGCGACGCGGAGAGUCCGAGGGUGGAGCCGCGGGCGCCGUGGGUGGAGCGGGAGGGGCCGGAGUAUUGGGACCGGGAGACGCGGGUCGCCAAUGGCCACGCGCAGACUUUCCGAGUGAACCUGCGGACCGCGCUCCGCUACUACAACCAGAGCGACGGCGGAUCUCACACCUUCCAGAGGAUGCAGGGCUGUAUUCUGGGGCCGGACGGUCGCCUCCUCCGCGGGUACCUGCAGUUCGCCUACGACGGCGCCGACUACCUCGCCCUGAACGAGGACCUGCGCUCCUGGACCGCGGCGGACACGGCGGCUCAGAUCUCCAAGCGCAAGUGGGAGUCGGCCGGUGAGGCGGAGCACCGCAGGGCCUACCUGGAGGGACUGUGCGUGGACUCGCUCCGCAGAUACCUGGAGCACGGGAAGGACACGCUGCUGCGAGCGGACCCCCCAAGGACACAUGUGACCCACCACCCCAUCUCUGAGCAUGAGGCCACCCUGAGGUGCUGGGCCCUGGGCUUCUACCCUGCGGAGAUCACACUCACCUGGCAGCGGGAUGGGCAGGACCAAACACAGGACACAGAGUUUGUGGAGACCAGGCCUGCAGGGGACGGAAGCUUCCAGAAAUGGGCAGCUGUGGUGGUGCCUCCAGGAGAGGAGCAGAGAUACACGUGCCAUGUGCAGCACGAGGGUCUGCCGGAGCCCCUCACCCUGAGAUGGGAGCCGCCUUCCCAGCCCAGCGUCCCUAUGGUGGGCAUCGUUGCUGGCCUGUUUCUCCUUGGAGCUGUGCUCAUUGGGGCUGCCGCUGUGAUGUGGAGGAAGAAGAGCUCAGGUGGAAAAGGAGGGAGCUACGCUCAGGCUGCCUGCAGCGACAGUACCCAGGGCUCCGAUGUGUCUCUCACGGCUUGUAAAGCGUGAGACAGCUGCCUGUGUGGGACUGAGCGAUGCAGGACUUGUUCCCGCCUCCCCUGUGUGGGGUCAGGAGCCUCUGACUUCUCUGUGUGCAAAAGCACCUGAUGCCUCUGCGACCCUGUCAGCAUCGUGUGUUGUGGGGGAGGCCAGUCCUGCCCUGUGUUCUGCACCCUCCCCCACACUGGUCCCACACUGGUCCGUGUCCUGUUCCCAGUCAUUAUUCGUGUUCCAGUGAGGGAGGGCUGGGACGUCUCCAUGCCUGUCUCAUCACAGUGCACUGAGCUACUUCCCUACUGAAAAUAAGAUUCAAAGUAAAUUUGUUUUCUCAAAUUCUUGCAAUGACAGAUGGAUUGGUUAAUUAAAGGAGAAGUUUCCUAAAAUUUGAGAGUGGAAAUAAAUGGAAGACCUGAGAAACUUCCAGAACCCU